AUGGCGUCUGAAACCAAUGCCGAGUGCUUGCUUAAUACUACAGAAUGCAUGUUGCAGACUGUCGCAAGUAUCCUCAAGGAGAUCCAGGAGCAGAACAGUGAAUAUAACUGGGACCCCAUGACAUUUAUAUUCACGGCUAUCAUAGGCGUUAUUGCUAUUGCCUUUGCGGCUUUGACCGCUUUCCAAGCUUUCUUAACUGCCGGUCCUGGCCGUACGAAAUCUGGGGCUUAUGCCAUCGGUCCAUGGUCACGGCACAAUUAUCGCAAAUUUGACUGGCCAGAGAUGCGAUUCAGGACUGUAUCGUUUACUCCAGUUCUCACAGUCGAUUCUCUUAUGGAAGAUUUGAGCGAGAGCUCCAUACCUUCUGAAGAGUCAGGGGGGCUUAGGAAAGGGCGAGAAGAUUACUUUCCAGCAACAUGGCUUGCCUUGUUAACACACCUUUCCCUUGACUAUACCACGGUUUGGGAACAGGCGAAACCAACUGGAGCCGACUUUAUUCCUUCGGAGCUCUCGGCUGUCCCAGCAUAUGGUUCAAUAAGAUUUGUGACAACUCUGGCCUUUACUCUAUCAGGUGGACUUGGUCAUCUAACCUUUGAUCAAGAAUCUGGCUUACCAAGGGUGCGCCAUACUUGGUUCAAUCUUAUAUUUCGACAACAUCCAUUGUUGGGCACUAUGGGAUUCUUCGAGAGAUACGGGAGAGUGCGCUCUGAGCAGUCUGAUUUCCGCAAGCUGAUUCGCAGACAAUUCUUCGAAGCCCACGGUCAAAUGAAUUUCCCUGGUUUCGACCAUCAGAAGAUUCGAAACAACUCAUUGAUUGAGGCGGGACAACUUCUUACCUUCGAUCCGAUUGUUGGUAUAUUAUUUAAUCUUACUUUGACAAAUAUUGUACAACAAAAAUGCCUCCAUCUCAAUGAGCAGCCAAACCCAGCAUGUGUCAACUUCUUUAAAUUCUUGGGUCACUUCCAUUCCGACCUUCUUAUAAAGGGUCCCCUGUGCCUAUUAAUGGCAAAAAUCCAAAAGGGAGAUUUUCCUCCGAUUUUAUUUCCGCACAAGAAGGCCAAACUCCGCGAACGUCUCGACACUCUGCUGCUUCAAAGCCGAUCCUGGGGGUUAAAGUUUCUAGCUUCUUGUGACACUUUCCCCAGCCCAUCAGAAAACAUCGCUCAUAGCAGUCUCGAUAUGGCCGACACUGCUAAUUCAUGGGCUAAAUCAACAAUUAUUCCUGACAUCGACGAGCUUGAAUUGCGUAACGAUAUCUACGAGCUGUCUUUAGAGUGCCUUAACGAGAGCCCUAGCCAAGAUCCCGAUUACACUUUCAGUCGAAUCUCUCCUCCAUUGAUUCUUGGGAAGGAACUGGAAACUAUCGAUUUAUGGCUGGAACAGAUUGAAUCCGAAGUCCUAUGCAGAAAGCUCACACUAAGUAUCAUCGGAGAUGGGAUUCGACAAAUUGUCGAUAAUGCUCCGCAACAGCCCACUUCUAAUGUCGCGUCUCACACCACGAAUGCAGCAGCAUUAUCUAGCAGCUCUAGAUUGGAAGGUAAACUUUUCUGUUUCUUGGAUGCAAUUAACAAACCUGACUGCUUCAAUUGUCUUUACACAGCCUCAAGAAAAAUUCCCAAGGAAGUCAUACGCAACACAUCUGAAGGUCUCAAAAAGAUUUGGGAUAUCUGGCAGAGAAGAGAAACGCCUCUGGAGGGCGAGGAUGAUGAAAGUGGAGAUGAUGCCGAGACAGGCGAAGAGUACAAUAGUCGCACAUGGAAGAUACCUCAUGCGGCCGAUCACCCAUUGGAUGGCGUCCUUAUCUAUCGUGCGGUUUUGAUAACCCUCUUGUAUUCUUUGGCCUGCGAUAGCAGUCCCUUGAUAAGUGAAGACUUAGGGCUAAUUGUUCCAAUUAUGUAG